AUGAAGGCCGCGGCGAUGUCGGUGUGGAUUUUCAUUAACCUCCUUUGUUUUGGUAUGUGCGGAUACCUCUACCUAAUAUGGUCCCAGUACUGGAUGAGUAUAGAGCGGCAGAGGCUGUUCGCGAAGUCUCAGACGCCGCAGAAGACUGCCAGCGGGGUAAGCUACCAGACUUUCUCCGAGCAGAUCAGUCCUGUGAACGGUUCUAGCGCGGACGUGAUCAAGAAACGGCGGUCUAUAGUGGCGAUAAAGAGUGGCAUACUGAACCAGGUGUCGAAUAAAAGCUCGCACAGCCACUCCGGGAACAUCGUGAUGAAGCAGGGUAGCCCACGGUUCCCCAACAUCCACAAACCCGUGCUAGAAUUCGACUCUGAGAAGUACUCGUGCGAUGACUACACGACGCCCGAGUGCGAAGCCCUAACGAAGGAGUUUAAGGAGCUCCUGUUAAAAGAGUUCCACAGGGUGUUGAUGAGUGAGAGCAAGGUAUUCGCCUCCGGCCUGGACUCGCAGAACACCUACGACGUCAAAUACUACAGGAAAGGCGUGAAAGAACCGAUAAAGGAGGAGAUACUCUGCGCUUUGAAGAAUGUGACGGUAAACACUGUGACCAGCGACGACGAGCCGUUCCGAAGGUUGGGGUUUAAAAUUCCGAAAAACCCGCUGCAAGAGAAGGCUUCUUUCAACACCUGUGCGGUGGUCACGAGCGCUGGUGCUCUGAGAGGUUCCCGCCUGGGUGAAUUUAUAGAUUCUCAUGACAUGGUUUUGCGAUUCAACAAUGCGCCGACUGAAAACUUCACUGACGAUGUCGGUUCCAAGACAACAUUUCGCAUCUUAAAUUCACAGGUAGUGACGAAGCCGGAAUUCAGGUUUCUAGACGAUGCGCUGUACAGGGACGUGUCGAUCCUGAUCUGGGACCCCGCCAACUACUCGUCCAACCUGGAAGACUGGUACCAGUAUCCGGACUUCCCGCUGUUUCCUGUUUAUAAACGGUUACUGGAGCAACGUCGUAGCGCGGAUGUCCAUCUUCUCAACCCGCAAGUGUUGUGGCGCUUGUGGGCAGUCCUGCAGGAUUUCUCACCGUAUAGACUAAGGAAGAAUCCACCGUCUUCUGGAUUCAUAGGUCUAUGGUUCGCGAUUCACCGCUGCAACCAUGUCCGUAUAUUCGAGUACGUACCCUCAGUGCGGGCGACGCGUCGCUGCCACUACCACGUCAGCGGCGACGACGCCGGCUGCACCCUCGGCACCUGGCACCCCCUGGCGCAGGAGAAAGCCCUGGCACACCACAUUAGCACCAAUUCCGACCUCGACAUCUUCCAACGAGGCUUCAUUGAUAUACCCGGCCUAAAGUAUUCUAAUUGUGCCAAGUAAUUUUUCUGAUACUUUUGUGGAGGAAUUUUGUCGACAUUAAGUUGUUGGUAAUGAAUAAUGAUAGUAAAGUAUGGUAAUGACAAUGAGGUUUGGGUUUUGGUAAAGUGUAUUGUAGUGUUGGCAUUUUUUACGUCAAGUCGAGGGAAGGUUUCUGAAGUCAUGGGUUUUACAUAGAAAAUUUCGGUUGGGUGUGAUCAGAAUAUACUCAAAUACCUAAUUAUGUAGAAUUACUGUUACCGUAAUUGUGCCAUAAUAUUAGUUAUUUAGUCUUUUUGCAAAAGUGAUUUUUGUGACGAAAAGUUAUUUCAAUAAUGCACGGAAUUGAAUAUUUAGAUUUAAAUGAAAGUAUAUUAGUUUUCCCAUGCAUAUGAAGACUGCUUUACAAAUGCCGAAGAUUUGAUUAUUCCUAGGGUCUUCCUGAGUAUGUUUAAUUUUCAUCAUAUUUU